AUGCCUGGCUUUGAAAAACUGGAUUGGCUUUGCUUUCCGCCGAAAGAUUUGCAAAUCGACAUUAUCGUAGGUCAUGGAGUUAAACUCGGUAGACAAGCACAAGUCAUUAAAGACCUUAAAACGUGCAAAUGGUUCCAAGUGGUACACACAGACCCUGAGGAGCUUGGGAUGUUUAAAAACUUUUCUAAUCCAAUUUCAGAGGGGGAAGAAAAACACAAGACCGAAGUAGAACUGUGUAAAAUGGCUGACCAUGUUGUAGGAGUUGGUCCCAAGUUGAGCGACGCCUUUCGCUCAUAUCUUCGUGGCUGUAAAAAAGAUGACCAUGUUCUUGACUUCACUCCUGGGGUACUUGAAGAGUUUGAGGCUGUAAAUCAGGAUCCUAGCGAGAGGCAGCAACGCAGUGUCCUGGUGUUUGGUCGUGGAGACGUAGACGAUUUCAAAUUAAAAGGGUUUGACAUUGCCGGGAAGGCUAUUGCCGCCUUACAAGAUACUCGUCUUAUGUUUGUUGGGGCAUCGGAUGGAAAACACGAAGAAAUAGCAAAGCGGUUAAUCGAGUGUGGCGUUCCUGCAAGUCGACUGAGAGUAAGAGGAUUUGCUCAAGACCGAGAGAGUUUGAAGCGCUUAUUCCAAGAAGUGGAUCUUGCAGUCAUGCCUUCGAGAACAGAGGGAUUUGGACUAACAGGACUCGAGGCAAUGUCAGCUGGUCUCCCUGUGCUCGUCAGUCGCAAUUCUGGUUUUGGAGAAGCACUGCGCAGUGCAGCUUUUGGUUCAUCAUUUGUAAUUGACUCAGAGGACCCAGCAGUGUGGACCGUAGCCAUCCAGAAUAUCUUGUCCAAGAACAGGGAAUGUCGACUUGAGGAAGCGGUGACCUUGCGUGAUUCCUAUGGCAGGAAAUACAACUGGUCCAAACAGAUAAAAGAGUUAGUUGACAAGAUGAUCAGCCUGACUCGUGGU